CAUGACUGCAGAGUUAUGGUGACCCUUGGUGGAGCCCCAAACCAAAUGGAGGGGGGCAGUGCACUCCUCACUCCUCAUUGUGCCAAGGACUGGGAAGGAAAGAGAUGCACACACACACACAUACAUACGUUGCAGCGGGCAUCAUGGCCAGUUGCUGUGAAACAUCCCAGCUGGCAGAUCUGGAUCUGCAAGAAAAAACCCAUGAGAAUGGGGAAAUUCCAAGAAAUAGCCUGGAUUCCUCGCCACAGGGUCCAAUGACAGACCCCAAGAAGGAGGGAGAGGAUCAGGAUGCAUCCCAAGCCCAGAGGAGGAGUGUGGAGGAGGUGUUGGCCAGUGCCGUUCUGGCUCCGGCUCAGUCUCUGUGGACCACAGAGGCCAGUAACUCUGUGCUGCUCAGGAUAGAUGAGGACUGUCCAGAGGAGCCCGUCACUGUCCACCAGAUGUUCAUGGCCUCCGUGCAGAGGUACGGGGGUGUAUUUGCCCUCGCCACCAAGAAGAACGAGAAAUGGGAGAAAAUUACUUUUUCUGACUACUAUCACUGCUGCCGAAAGGCCGCUAAGAGUUUCCUUAAGCUUGGUCUCGAGCGGUUCCAUAGUGUAGCCAUUCUGGGGUUUAACUCUGCAGAGUGGUUCAUGUCAGCUAUCGGCGGAAUCUUUGCUGGGGGUAUUAUGACAGGGAUCUAUGCCACCAAUUCUCCAGAGGCAUGUCAUUAUGUGGCCAGUGACUCUAAAGCUAACAUAAUUGUAGUGGAAAACCAAAAGCAACUGGACAAAAUCUUACAGAUAAAGGAACAGCUGCCCCAUUUGAAAGCCAUAGUGCAGUACUCUGAACCUCUCCAAAACAAACUACCCAAUCUCUACUCGUGGGAAGAAUUUAUGGAGCUGGGGUUGGAGGUGCCUGAUAAGGAACUUGAUGACAUCAUCAGUAGCCAGAGACCCAAUCAGUGUUGUGUUCUUAUUUACACUUCCGGGACUACAGGCAUGCCCAAAGGAGUUAUGCUCAGUCAUGAUAAUAUCACCUGGACAGCCAUCCACGCUAGCCGGGCAGGAGACAUGCAGCCGGCAGACACCAAACAGGAGUCCCUGGUGAGCUACCUGCCCCUCAGCCACAUCGCUGCCCAGAUCUAUGACCUGUGGACGGGCAUCCAGUGGGGAGAACUGGUCUACUUUGCGCAGCCUGAUGCUCUCAAGGGGAGUUUAAUAGGCACACUAAAGGAAGUGCGCCCUUCCUCCCACAUGGGAGUCCCGCGUGUUUGGGAAAAAAUGAUGGAGAAGAUAAAAGAGGGAAUCUCUCAGUGUGGCUACAUGAAAAAGAAACUGGUGGCGUGGGCCAUGUCAGUGAGUUUGGAGGCUAACCAAAGGUGUGCCAACAAGGAUGGGGAGAAGCCUUUUCUCUUUGCCCUUGCUGACGGGUUGGUUCUGGAGAAACUGCGAGCAGAGUUGGGCUUCUCCUGCUGCCAGAAGUUCUUUUCUGGAGCCGCGCCCAUAGGGAGUGAAACGGUCCAGUUCUUCUUGGGCCUGAACAUUCGCCUGUAUGAGGCCUACGGCAUGAGUGAGAGCACGGGGCCUCACUUUAUGUCGGGUCCUAAGGCUUACAAACUACCUAGCUGUGGUAAAGUUGUUCCAGGCUGCAAGUGUAAACUGGCUGACAUUGACUCAGAAGGAACUGGGGAGGUGUGUUUCUGGGGCCGAAACGUCUUCAUGGGUUUCCUCAACAUGGAGGACAAGACGAGGGAGGCUCUGGACGAGGAAGGCUGGCUACGCUCAGGAGACCUGGGCAAGGUGGAUGAGGAGGGUUUCCUCUACAUCACUGGAAGGAUAAAAGAGCUUAUCAUCACAGCGGGGGGAGAAAACAUCCCCCCUGUGCCCAUCGAGGACGCAGUGAAGAAAGAGCUACCCAUUAUCAGCAAUGCCAUGCUAAUCGGGGACAAGAGGAAGUUCCUGUCCAUGCUGCUCACUUUGAAGUGCUUGAGUAACCCAGAGUCCAUGGAGCCGAUGGAUGACCUGAGCUUGGAGGCGGUGGAGUUCUGCCAGCACCUGGGCAGUCAGGCUACCAAGGUGUCCGAUAUCACCAGCAGCAGAGACAAUGCCGUGUACCAGUCCAUCCAGGAGGCCAUCAACAAGGUCAACUCCAGAGCCACCUCCAAUGCCCAGCGCAUACAGAAAUGGACCAUACUUCCCAGAGACUUCUCAAUCUCCGGAGGCGAGCUAGGUCCAACUAUGAAACUGCGUCGUCCUGUUGUCCUGAAGAUGUACCACAGCGAGAUCGAGAACUUCUACAAAGAGUAGGACAAAUCCUCCUCAGUCAGCAAUGAAUUAAUACCAGUAUUUUGCCUGUGGACCUACACACUGUAAACACUUAAUAUGAAUCUUAGGGAAGCAGCCAGAUAGCACUACAAAGACAUUUAUGGCCAUUCUCUAACCAAGUGUCUGAAUUUAUAGAGCGGCCAGUUACAACCCUGUAGUUGCCACAACAGCCUAGCAUUCAACACUGCUUGUCUAGGGAUUUUAGGACAAUAGCUGGAAUAUUGUUGUUCCACACUACCCUGUUGUAUGUUUUGUUCACGCAGUUCACAGCAUAAUGAAUAAAUAUUUUACACACCCUC